AUAGAAGUAAUACAGUAAUAAUGGCAUUGAAAGUUCUUAUUUUAGUCGGUGGUGAAACCACUGGUACCAGAUUCAGACCUCUUUCCAUGGAAGGGCCCAAAUUGUUAUUUCCAAUUUGCGGUAAACCUUUAAUCACCCAUAUAAUUGAUAGUUUAGUUGAGCAAUUGAGUGACGAAAUCUCAGAAAUCUUAUUGAUUGGUUUCUUCAAAGACAGUCUGGUGUUUCAAAAUUACAUCAAGCAAGUCAAUUCGGUCUAUCCAAAGUUGAAAAUCAAGUAUUUGACCGAACCUAAACCAUUGGGAACUGCUGGUGGUCUCUACCAUUUUAGAGAAGAAAUUUUCACGUCCCAAGAUUGUAAAUUGCUUAUGAUUCACGGUGAUGUCAUUUGUGAUUACCCCUUCAAGAAAAUGUUGGAAUCGUAUGACAAAGAAAAGUCGAACAUCACUCUUUUCGGUCUUGAUCCAGUCACAUUUACCAAGAAAUCAAGCGCCCUUCUGAAUGCCUCAGGUGAAGUGCCUGAUGAUGAAUUCAUUUUACAAAACUACGGUGCUAUUGUUGCUAAAAGAUCUACUUCUGAUAUCAUUCAUUAUGUGGAAAAGCCAAGUUCAACCAUUUCCAUGUUUAGACAGGAUACCAAGUAUCGUAUUUUGUUGAACGGAGGUAUCUACAUAUUUGACCGUUCGAUUGUGGAUUUGUUACAAGAAGCAAAGAUCAAAAAGGAAACUUCAAAUCAACUUGUAGACGACGUGGAUUUGGAAGACUCAAAGAGUAACGUUCUUUCAUUAGAAUUGGAUGUGUUCAAAACCUUACCUCAGGUUCCAGAGACAAAAUUCACCGUGUAUCAAUCUGAUGAUUUCUGGUAUCAAUUAAAAUCACCAGUGUCGGCAUUGCUUGCAAAUAAUUUCUUCCUUGCUAAAGGUGCAUGCAAUACAAGUGUAAGCACCACUGUUGAAAUCUUGAAACCGGUGCAAAUUCUUGAUUCAGAUUUAUCACAAGCUGGUUCCAGCAAGAUUGGUCCUAAUGUUUCUAUUGGAAAAAAUGUCACUAUUGGUUCUGGUGUUAGAUUAGCCAAUUGUAUUAUUGCCGAUGACGUGUCUAUUGGCGACAACACCAUUAUCAAAAAUGCUAUUGUUUCCAGCGGCGCCAAGAUUGGUAAAUGGUGUAGAAUCGAAGGUACCAUUACCUCACAAACUCUUGCAGAGAAUGCCAACCCUAAUGCGUCAGAAGGAUACUUGAAGUUACUUAAUAAUAUUGUGAUAUUGUGUCAAGGAACUGUGGUCAAGAGUCAAGUAUUUGUCUACAAUUCUGUGGUGUUGCCACAUAAGGAGUUGAAAAACGACAUCAAAUAUGAAAUUAUCAUGUAAACAAAAUAAUUAUAUAAAUAUUAUUUCAAUCAGGAAGUUUAUACCUUGAGCCUUUAUAUUCAGCAAUUGCUCGAUUACAUGUAGAGGAUUUACCUCGAUGACAGUAGAAUGUACCAUU